AUGAAGUCUUCCAUUCUCGCUCUCUCCCUGGCCUCCCUGGCCUCGGCCGCAAAGCCCCUUGUCACUCCGGAGUCUCUCCAAAAGCAAAUCCGGCUGGACGACCUGCUCGCUGGCUCCCAGCAGCUUCAGGACUUCGCGUACGCCUACCCCGAGCGCAACCGCGUCUUCGGCGGCCGCGCGCACAACGACACCGUCAACUGGCUGUACCGCGAGCUCAAGCGCACCGGCCACUACGAUGUCUACAAGCAGCCCCAAAAGCACCUGUACAGCAAUGCCGAGGAGUCGCUGACCGCGAACGGAGAAGCCUACGAGGCGACCACCCUCACAUACUCGCCAAGCGGCAAUGCGUCCGCCGAGCUGGCCGUCAUCGACUCCCUCGGCUGCUCCGCUGACGCAUUCCCCGCUGAUGUGGCUGGGAAAGUCGUCCUCGUCCAGCGCGGCGACUGCACCUUUGCUGAGAAAUCCGUCUACGCUGCCAAGGCGAAGGCCGCCGCAACCAUCACCUACAACAACGUUGAGGGCUCGCUUGCUGGCACUCUCGGUGCGGCCGAAAACGAGCUAGGCCCUUACUCGCCGAUUGUCGGCAUCUCGCUUGAAGACGGCGAAGCCCUCGUCGCUCUUGCACAGAAGGGCGCUGUAAAUAUCGACCUGUCGAUCGAUUCCACACUCGAGAACCGCACGACGUACAAUGUCAUCGCGCAGACCAAGACCGGCGACCCGAACAAGGUCGUUUCGCUGGGCGGACACAGCGAUUCCGUUGAUGCCGGUCCAGGGAUUAACGACGAUGGCUCGGGCAUUAUCAGUAACCUGGUGAUUGCGCGCGCACUGACCCAGUUCCAGACCAAGCAUGCCGUGCGCUUCUUCUUCUGGACGGCCGAGGAAUUCGGGCUCCUUGGUAGUGAUUACUACGUCUCCAGCUUGUCGCCUGCGGAACUCGCCAAGAUCAGACUGUAUCUGAACUUCGAUAUGAUCGCGUCCCCGAAUUAUGGACUGCUGCUUUAUGAUGGCGAUGGGUCAGCGUUCAACCUCACCGGUCCACCGGGAAGUGGUGCCAUUGAGAAGCUGUUUGAAGACUACUUCGCCGACCUCGGCUACGGCACCGUUGAGACCGAGUUCGACGGGCGCUCCGACUACGAGGCCUUCAUCGCGAAUGGCAUCCCAGCUGGCGGAGUCUUCACCGGCGCUGAGGGGCUCAAGACUGAAGAAGAGGCAGAGCUGUUCGGUGGUGAAGCGGGUGUCUCCUUUGACGUGAACUACCACAAGGAGGGCGACACGUUCGAUAACCUGAACCACGAGGCCUACUUGCUCAACUCGAAGGCCACGGCGUUCGCGGUCGCGACGUAUGCGAAUGAUCUGAGUACUAUCCCGGAGCGCAACCAGACCAGUACUAUCGUGAAGAGGGCGAAUGGUGACUUCCAGAGACGCAGACAGUGGAGUACCAAGAGGAGAAGACAGACUGGGCCUGGACACAGCCACACCACUGGCUGUUUCCACGACCGGGUUGAUUUCUAA